ACAAAGUUGACUUGUCAAACAGUAAAAUCAACAACAAAAGCCAGCCACUGUUGUUAAUUUUUUGCCGAAUUAUUUAAUUUAUUUAAACUUGUGUGUAUAAUGUGAAACUAAAUAAUUCCAUAAACUGAAAAAUGAAUACAGAUCGAGUAUACUCCAGAACUGAGUUCUGUAACUGCUGCCUUGUCGAAGUGGACACAAACAAGCGUUUAACACCCCAUACUUUACAAAACGAACUGUUUAAAUCAAUAAUAGAGGAAAGAACCAUAAUUCUCUGCAGUCUGUGUAAACGAUUGGCCCAAAACGUUGAGUGUUUUCUACAAAAUGUUGAAAAUGUACAGAAGCUUUUCAUGGGUGUCAAUUCUAUUGACAGAAUAUCACUGGAGACCGCCAGAAUGUACUUUCAGCCAGCGCUCACACUGUCAACAGAGACAUUGCCUCCGGUGGAGGUGGGUGCGGAGUCUGCCGAGGGUGACCUAGGGAUCCUGGGGUACCCUGGGUGCGUGGUGCUCUGCAGUGGAGGCACUAUGCGAGGGAAAGUGAAGGAGGAAGUGGACUGCAAGGAAGAGAGUGACUGUGGAAAUGGCGGAGAUGACUUUUAUGAAGCUGAUCACAGCAGUAAUUACAUAAAAGAAGAGGACUUUUCUGCAAUAUUGAAAGGAGAAAUUGAAGCUGCUGAGAAUAGUCAUAAAAAGAAAAAGAAACUAAAAAAACAUAAGAAAUCAAAAGUUAAAAGAAGAAAAACAGGAGCAAAAAAAGAUGCUGACAAACUGGAAAUUCUGUACAUAACAAAAGAACAAUCUAUUCAAGAGCUGAAAGAAAUGUGUCUAAACAACACAAAGUUCCUAAAUUCGCCGUUAAAAUGUAUGGAUUGUGCUAAGGGUUUUGCGGCAAAGUCUACUUUCGACGCACACAUGGCAUUACAUUCAGAGAGCAAUGGUAGUUAUGUAUGUGAUAUCUGCGGGCAGCGACGGAGCACCCCCGACCAGUUCAACGCACAUUACAAGACACACACUAUCCGCUACCGCUGCGUAUCCUGCGGCACAACUCGAGCGGCGCGGCACUCGGUGCUCGACCACCACGCCCGGGACCACGGCGGCACCGCCACCUACAAGUGUGCACACUGCCCGAAGAUCUUCCUUCUAGAGCACGCGCGCAAGAAACACUGUGCGUACGCACACGGCGGCGAGCGCAGAGUCACCUGCGACUACUGCCAGAAGAACUUCGCGAGCAAAGUCGUGUUGAGGACGCAUAUGCAGAAUCGCCACUCCACCGAAAGCGGCGUAGAGCCGUGUGCGCGGACACACGAGUGUGAAACGUGCGGGAAGGCAUUCCGCGCGCUCUCCACUCUCAACUGCCACCGGAAGGCGCACUCUGACGAGAAACAGUACUACUGCGUCGAGUGUAACAGAACCUUCAAGUCUGCGUCCAGUUUAUCGACGCACUUGACUACAACAAACAUACACGUGAAAUAUAAAGAACACAAAUACGCAUGCGAACUCUGUGACCGUCGCUUCACGGUGCGGCGCGACCUGGACCGACACGUCAACAGCGUGCAUCUCAAUCUGAAGCCACACCAGUGCGAUAAGUGCGAGAAGGCCUACGUGGACCGCUGGAGCCUCCGCGUGCACCAGCGCCUCACGCACGAGGGCCUCCGCCGCCCGCCCCGCUACCCCUGCGCGCUGUGCGGCCGCGUGUUCGACCGCAACCAGAUCCUCAAGUCCCACAUGCGCACGCACACCGGCGAGCGGCCCUACCAGUGCGCGCAGUGCCCCGCCGCCUUCGCGCAGUCCGCCAGCCUGUGGACGCACAACAAACUUAUACACCUCAAGACUACGCGGAAGGGGUUGAGGAAGAAAGAAGCGGUUUGAAAG